UUUAUUGACACAUACAUUUCUAAAGUUUUAGCUAAAUUGUAGUUUUUUUUUUAUCCACAGAAAAUGAGUUUCUUUAGGAUUUUCAGCUAUGGUUACACACGAAAUACCGCAAUGGUCAAGUCACACCAAAACAAAUCUAGGGACACACAGAAAUCGAUUAUUAUUCGUACUACCUGCACUCAUGACACAAUCCGAGUUCCAGUUGAGGUGGUUCUUUCAAAUACGUACAAUAAGGCAUUGGCCUUUACAUUGGAAGAACGCCAGCGAUUGGGCAUCCAUGGCCUUAUGCCCGCUUGCAUUCGCACAGACGAUGAACAGAUGUUGGCCAUCGAGACGAACUUUCAUUCGAUAUGCGAAAAUGUGGGAAGGUAUCGCUACCUGAGGGCCUUGCGGCAGGGAUACGAGAGGUUGUACUUCCAAUUUGUGGCCAGAAAUGUUAACUUGGUGCUGCCCAUUAUCUACACGCCCACUGUGGGAUUGGCCUGCACUAUAUACGGAAUGCUAUAUCGUGGAAUGACCGGAAUCCAUCUAACCAAGCACGAUAGAGGACACAUGAAGCAGGUCCUGUCGAAUUGGCCCAUGAGGAGUAGCAUUAAAGCCAUCUGUGCGACCGAUGGAGAACGUAUUCUGGGGUUGGGAGAUCUGGGAGCCAAUGGAAUGGGCAUUUCGGUGGGUAAAAUGGAACUCUACACAGCCUUGGCAGGAAUUCCACCGAGCUCGUUGCUGCCAGUUUGCUUGGAUGUGGGAACUAACAACAAGUCGCUCCACGAGGAUCCACUGUACAUCGGUCUUCGGGAGGAGCGAAUGAAGGGUGAGGAGUACGUGUCCUUCGUCGAUGAAUUUGUGGAGUCGGUGGUGAAGACUUUUGGCAGCGAGACCCUCAUCCACUUCGAGGACUUUGCCACACCAAACGCCUUUAUGUUUCUGAACAGAUACAGAGAGUGCUACUGCCACUUCAACGAUGACAUCCAGGGAACAGCUUCAGUGGGCUUGGGAGGACUGCUGGGCAUCCAGCGGAUAACCAAGAAGCCUUUAGAGGAUCAUGUAAUCCUUUUCGCAGGAGCAGGCAGUGCUAUCAUGGGCAUUUCGUAUCUCCUCAAGCAGGAGCUCAUAUCCAGGGGUCUCAGCAAAAGGGAGGCUGUCAAGAAUAUUUACAUGUACGACCAAAACGGACUACUGACCACAAAGAGAACGGAUUUGCCCGAGAAUAUAGUCGUGUUCGCCAAGGACAUGAAGCCCAUUAAGUCGCUCGAGGAUCUUGUGGAGAAGGUGAAGCCCUCGAUUAUAAUGGGUGCUACUUCGGCAGCUGGAUUGUUUUCAGAGAAAAUAAUUCGCUCCAUGGCCAAGAAUCACGAGCGACCCGGCAUUUUUGCCUUUUCCAAUCCAACCGCAAAAGCUGAAUGCACCGCCGAACAGGCUUACAAUUUUUCAGACGGAAAAGCUAUCUAUUCAGCGGGUUCCCCCUUUCCCCCCGUGGAGUUCAAUGGCAAACGUCUUACUCCCGGCCAGGCCAACAACUGCUUUGCCUUUCCUGGAAUAGUUCUGGGUACGAUGACGGUUUUGGCCGACAGAAUGCCUGACGAGAUUUUCCUUUUGGCCGCCCACGAGUUGGCCAAGUUUCCAUCGGACGAGGAUAUAAAAGGGGGUCGCAUCUAUCCACAAGUUGAUCAGGCCAAACAGGUGGCUUUGAAAAUUGGGAUAAAAGUGGCCGAGUAUUUGAUAGAAAAUGGCCAUGCGAAGCGCUCUUUAGACUGUGAUGAAAUUCCCGAAUGCAUUGCAAAAAACUCGUAUAAAUUGGAAUAUGGAAGCGCCCUGGCUGAAACUUGGCCUUAUCCGCAGAUGAAACCCCAUCCAAAAAUCCCGUGCCCUAAAGAUAAACCCAAAGAGAAAAAGUAGGCGGUAUCUGACGGAAAACCAAAUUUUUUCUGUUUUUGAUGUCACAAAUAACUUUAAAUUCUCACAUGAAAUACUCAUAAAAAUUUUUUGCUGUUUAUUAAAUUAUAAAUAUGGAA